GUCACUACUUAUUUAGUUUAAAAUCCCCUCUUUACUUGAUCAAUCUUCACAAGAGAAAAGAUUUACUUGAUAGAGAAUUGAAACUGCAAGGUACCGCACUCGAUAUGGUCGGAAUGGGCGGGUUGAGAUCGGAAGCAGCGGCCCUACUGUUGACGCUAAUCACCGUCUCUCGUUUUCCGGCCACCGCGGCAGGCGCUGAGUACAGAGUUGGGGAUGCGGCUGCUUGGAAUGUAGGAGGUGUUGAUUAUCGUGAGUGGGCUUCCCACAAGGUUUUCCAUGUUGGAGACACCAUUACUUUUGAAUACAAUCCCCAUGAACACAAUGUGUUACGGGUGAGCCGCGAAGACUACCAUUCCUGCAAAACGACGUCGCCAAUAGCCACUUACGCCUCCGGCAACGACUCGAUAACGAUAGUGGGCCCAGGCCACUACUACUACAUUUGUGGGUUGGAAGGCCACUGCCAGGCUGGGCAAAAGAUUGACAUUAGAGUUCCUAAAAGAAAUCAACCCACUGAAUCGCCCACUGGAAACCCAGCCCAAUCCCCCCAGAAUUAUGGGCCUCCAUCGCCUUCGCCAAUUUAUGGGCCUCCAUCGCCUUCGCCAAAUUAUGGGACUCCUCAACUUAGCCCAUCAAGCAUCACAGAUAAUACAAGUGGCGGCGCUCAAUUCAUUCAAAUUGUGCUUCAUGAUCUUGCCUUUCUUCUUGUAAUACCCAUUUUUUUCUAAUUUAAGCAUCCUAUAUCUGAAGUACAUUAGCAUGUUUUUUUAUGGAAUUGUUUUUUUUCUCUCUUUUGAAAAGUACAUUGGCAUGUUUUUAUUUCAUUGAGUUGACUUA